AUGUCAGAUCGCUCGAGUCGCCCAAACAAACAACAGCGCCAAGAUCUGGCAGAAGAGACGCACUUUCUCACCUCAAACAUUCUGGAAAUCACAAAUGCAUCCACCGAGGCUGUGUUAUUUACCCAGCUGCUGCCCUUUCUUGAAGAAAGGAAGGAAGCGGGAAAAGCACCUGUUUACGUGAGAAACCAAGAUAGCUUCACCGCGGCGGAAAUGAUCCACGCCUCCAACCCGGCCGCUAAGAUCGGCGUCUUGAAUAUGGCCAGUGAGAAAAAUCCAGGUGGCGGCUGGCUUCGCGGCGCAUUAGCUCAAGAAGAAGCCUUAUGUCUUCGAAGCACCCUAGCAGCAACCUUGCACGAACGGUUCUACCCUCUCCCCGUAUACGGUGCCAUCUGGUCUUCGGAUGUUGCCGUCUUUAGAGGCGAAGUCGAUUCAUGGUGCCGAGUAUAUCAACCAGACGAAAUCUUCACGGUUGGCGUGAUUAGUCUAGCGGCGCUACGGCGCCCUGUGCUGACAGCAGAUAAAACAAAAUUCGCUCGCCCGCAAGAUAUUGAUAAGCUCAAGAACAAGAUGAGGCAGGUUUUCCGUGUUCUAGCCUUACAGGGCGUUACUCACUGUAUCCUCGGGGCAAUGGGUUGCGGCGCAUUCCAGAAUCCGCCCGCCGAAGUGGCCCGAAUCUACAAGGAAGUGCUAGAUGAGGCAGAAUGGAAUGGGGUGUUUGAGGAAAUCGUGUUUGCUGUCUUGGAUACUCGCAAUGAAGGGAACUAUGCCUUAUUUAGAGAUACCUUGAGUUCUUGA